AUGGUUGUGCUCAAUCAACCGUCAAUGAUUUCCCCUACCAACUUUCUGCUAACGAUGCUUGCACUUAGCGACGGAGCCCUCACAGCGCUCUAUAUUCCGUUUUCUAUUUAUUUUCAAAUUGGUGAUCGGCUUCAGAGCGCCACUUAUGGAUGGUCUGUAUUUAUGAUAAUCUAUGUGAAUUUGCAAACACUUCUUCACUCGGCGUCUUGUUAUAUCGUUGUGACCGUGGCAUUCUUCCGUGUAUUGUACGUACGAUGUCUCGUUCGCUGUCAGGAGCUGUGCUCUAUGCAACGUGCACAUUUGGCGGUUGGAAUCACAUUCCUACUCAGUGGGAUACUCACAGUACCCUGCAUGCUUUCUCAUCACAUCGUAAAUGUGGCUGCAAGCAACACUAGUGCUUCGGAUUCCUACAUGGUCACCUAUGUCGACAACAAAGCGCUACCCAACAUCAUGUACUGGAAUUCAGCUUUAUUUAUCAAACUCCUUCCACUCAUGUGUCUGGUGGUUUUGAGUCUAAUCAUCAUUGUGACUAUCCAUGGUAAAAAUGCCCAAAUGCGCAAAAUUGUAUCAAGUAAACGGUCGUCCACAAUGCCAAAGGGGUCGUCUAACCCUCCAGAAGACGGGGCUAUGCAUCAAAACAAAGGUGAAGGAAAUCCGCUGAGGAAACACGGUCGUUCGUCUGUGACGCUCAGACAGACUGAUACACCUCCAACAAAUGGCACCAACCUCUUGCGGAAUUCUGCAGCUCAAACGGAACGAGAAAAAUCUGGAUCUCGGAUGACCCGGAUGCUUUUGACUAUCGUAUUUUUGUUUGUUAUGGCGCAUCUGCCACAGGUAUGUGAUUUCAUGAAAGGGUAA